CCUGUGUAGCAAUAAAUCACCCUGCCGAUAUCACAGGCCCGGUUACUGCACAGACCUGUGUUGAGGCACUAGGACACUAUUUGGCUGGACUCUGAUAUAUAACGUGAGAGGGAACACUGAUCUGUCAUGGAGGAGCCUGAACAGGGUAUCAGGGAGACGAUGGCAGGUCAAAGUCAACACGGCAUGAACCCACACUUGCCGACUGAGCCACACAACAGCAGAACUGACAGCACCGGUCUAGAGCUGGUGCUUAAAGUGAGAAUUCAGGAUUCCAGAGAAAAUGACUUCAUUGAAAUUGAACUGCCCAGACAAGAGUUAAGUUACCAGAACCUACUCCAGGUGAGCUGCUCUCAACUGGGGAUUCCCCCAGAACAAGUGGAGAAGAUGAGGAAGCUGCCAAACACACUGCUCCGGAAGGACAAAGACAUUCAAAGACUCCAGGACUUUCAGGAGAUAGAACUCCUCUUGGCGAAGAGUGGAAACCCUGACUGGACUCAGCACACAGCAUUACCUCGGACAGAGACACCAUGCUACAAUAGUAAUGCUGCCAAAAUGACUUACUAGCUCCAGAAGUGUCUGCAAUAAUUUUGUCAAUAAUGAGGCUAGGCCCACGUGACAAUCUGGCUAACCACAAUGAACUUUGGAAAAAAUGUCACCUGCAACUUCUUAGUAGGAACUGUUUCACAAGCUCAUGCAUGGCACCCAUGGGGCCAAGUUUAUUCUCAAGUGCUGAAGCCCAAUACUGACACCUGACUGAGAUACAUGCACGAAUGCACGCACGCUCAGCUUCAUUUACCUAUCCAUUGGAAUGACUUAUCUGAGUAAAUUAACUUCUCCAGCCUGAGACAAUCUGUGACAACAGCUCCCAUCACUGUAGUCGGUGGCAGCUUCCCUAGCUUCACUCGGAGGCUGGCAGUCAUCAUACCCCAAGCUGCUCUUCUCAUGCCCACUUGUGGUGGCUAUUAACUCACUUCAUAAGCACUCAGCUGUAACCCGCCUACGUUUAGUCACCAUUCCUCUUUGCACAGCCAUUGCUCCUUGACUAGCGUCACCUCUGAUCCUUAUGAAUUGAGUUUAGUUAAAACACCAGGGCUCCUCAUAGACCAUUUGCAUUCCUAGCAGCUGAGACUAGAGGGAAGGUAAGGACACACAGUAGGCAUUACCCAUACCCAACAACUGUUAGAAGGGUAUUUAAAACCAUGCUGGCUAGCUUCAGUGGCUCAGCAACAGCUAACUGUGACUGGGCAGGAUGGAUCCUCAAGUGACAACUCCCUUGUGUUUCACUUUCAAUAGGAAAAUUUAGGCAGGAGCUCAAGGCUGCUUAGGUUAAUAAAUGGCUAAAAAUCAUUAUUUGUAAAAUGUUGAUUGUUUUCAAUUAGUCAAUUUUAAUUGAAAAACAACUUAGUCAGGAGGCAAAUGUUAUCCUCUAUCCUAAUGGCAGAACCUAGUAGGUGCCAUCCAGUGCCUAGCUCCAGUGCAAACAGUAAUCCUUUCAUAAAGCUAAGGACCAAGUUCUUACCUGCUCUAAUAAUCAUACUCCACGCAAAAACAGGACAGGGACAGGGAGGGAUUUAUUAGCCCAAAGGGCUCAGACUUUCUGUGCAGUACAGGGAAUGACCUCAAACCUCCCACAUGCUGGCAUUACAGAUGCACAGACCCUUUUCUGUAUGUCCUAAGAUAAAAGCUGGGGGUUCUGGAGGAUGCACAGUUAGGUUUACUUCAUAUCUUCAUAUCUUAAAUGUAUAUACAGUCCCUGCACAGGGAACAAAUCCAUUAAAUAAUUCUUAGGUGGAAUGAACCAGGCAGCAGAAUGAAUGUUAGACUAAGAUGCCCAGAACCUCGCUGGGUUAGAAGAAUGUCAGCAUUCUCUACUCCUAACUCCUCACAACUUCCCUUGGUACUGCCAGCUACUGCCAGAUGUCCUGGUCCAGUUCACGGCUGCAGUGCUGCACUGACAAGAAGGCAGCAGGCAAUGGGGGAGGGAGUUGCACAUUUUCUCUUUACUGACCAACCCCAGUAUCAAGACCUGCGCCUACAUGCACACUGAGCUCACAGCUCUGUCCCCAGCUCACCUUGAAGUGACAGAGCCUCACUGAGCAGGGUGUGGGGGAAAGGACUAUAGGAAUGAAUGCUUGCCCAUGUGAUCCCCACACAUCUGCUGGUGCUUUUCAAGUCCUAAUCAUUUUUUCGUAAAGAGAAAAUGUUCUUGUUAAUCUUCCUUGGAAAGCUGCUUACGAGUACCCAUUCCCUAGCUGCCAUUUAACAAAAAAGAUACCACAUGUGUACGCCUUGUCUGUAGUGUUCAGGAUUCUAUAUCUGGCCAAGUACGGCAGUGUACUCAUAACCCAAGAAUUGAUGGAAAGAUUCCCUAGGUCCAGAAUAGGCUGGGCUAUAUACAGUGAGACCAUCGAGAAUAAAAGGAGAAAGUGUAUUUUUAAAACCUGUAUGUAUUGAGGUUAGCUAGCAUGUUUAUCAGUCACUACCUACACCAAGUCCUUUUCCCACUUAAAAAAAUUUUUUUUUAUUAAGAAAUAGCAUAUACACAAAAGCACACAAACAUACAGUUCAAAAAGAAAGAAGCCCAUCGAGUUAGAGAAAGAGCGGUGGCCAUUACUCUGAAACCCACUUUGCCCUCCAAGGUCAUUCUCAAAGCAGCUGCUAAGCGUGAUCUGUAUGCCAACUGAGUUUCACUGUCAUUUACCGUGUAUUCUUAACAGCCUGUUUUGACCUUUA